AUGGGUGGAACGGAAGGUCCUGGGGUAAAGGCUUUUUCUUUACAAGGAAGAUUCCAUGACGUUCGUCGAAGGGUUUUCAUGACAGAUGAAGAAAGACGAUGGAGAGCUCAAUUUUUGAAAGAUAUACAAUUAGCUGACGGCGAACCUCGAUAUGUUCCUGAAUAUUAUAGGGCUACUACUAACCCUAUUCGGAGACUUUGGAAAAGUCCAAUGUGGGUUUUACAAAAUUUUCUACAAUCUAAAUUGGGAGAAACACCAGGAUAUCAUGUUCGUCAUAUUAUUGGUAAAACGUUUAUUUUAUUUAUGGUGUCUUACAUGGGAAUAUAUUAUAUAAAAUAUCACAGUAGUGAUUGGAAAAAUGUUUUCGCAGCAGACUUUUACAGAGCCAAACCACCAAUGGUACCAAGUCAACCUGGAUAUCCGAAUGCUCCUAAAAUGGCUCCUUUUGAAUAUUAUGAUAAAGGAUUUUAUUCAACUCCUUUUGCUGUUAAAAUAGAAAAACCAGUAGCAGAAACAUCUUCCAAAAAAAGAAGAGCAAAAAAACAACAACAACAGGAAGAUGAAGAUGAUGAACCCUGCUGA